UUUGUUUUGUUUUUGGUAAUACCUACUUUUCUUUCUUUUUUUGGGCCAAGAAAACCAAACCCAUAACUCUCUCUCCCUCCAUAAAUUAUUCCAUUCCCUUAAAAACCCCUUCUCCUUAUAUUAUGACGACCUAGUCACCCAUCUUUACCUCUCUCUCUCUCUCACUACUCUGUACGUUUUUCAUUCUUCUGGGUGAGAAUUUUAAUGGCGAAAACCUCACAGAAGAUCCAAAAGAAUACAACUCCAAGCUCUAGCAAUAAUAGCAACACCACCACUAGUACUACUACUAGUAGUCCUCCGGCCACGAAGGUCAAGCGGACGCGUAAAAGUGUACGCCGCGACUCUCCGCCUCAGCGGAGCUCCAUCUACAGAGGAGUCACAAGGCAUCGAUGGACUGGUCGGUAUGAAGCUCAUUUGUGGGAUAAGAACUGUUGGAAUGAGUCACAGAACAAGAAAGGAAGACAAGGGGCAUAUGAUGAUGAAGAAGCUGCUGCACGUGCCUAUGACUUGGCAGCAUUAAAGUACUGGGGACAAGAUACAAUCCUCAAUUUGCCAGUUUCCACCUAUGAGGAAGAGCUCAAAGAAAUGGACGGUCAGUCUAAAGAAGAAUACAUUGGAUCAUUGAGGAGGAAGAGUAGUGGAUUUUCUCGUGGCGUUUCAAAAUAUAGAGGCGUAGCGAGACACCACCAUAAUGGAAGAUGGGAGGCUCGAAUUGGAAGAGUAUUUGGAAACAAAUAUCUCUACCUUGGAACCUAUGCGACGCAAGAAGAAGCAGCUACAGCUUACGACAUGGCAGCAAUAGAGUAUCGUGGACUUAAUGCCGUAACGAACUUCGAUCUUAGCCGUUACAUCAAAUCACUGUGCCCCAAUAAUGAGAACGUUCCCAACAACACGCAACCAAACCCUAAUGCUGACCUCAGUUCGAUUCAAAACGCUGAUUCUAAGGUAGGGUUAGGGCUUAUGCCCCACAACCCGAGUCCGAGCACUAGCGAGUCAAUGGUAGCAGUUCCAGGGCCGGGGAGUGGUUCGUCGGCGUCAUCUGCACUAGGGCUUUUAUUGCAGUCCCCUAAGUUCAAGGAAAUGCUCGAGAGGACGUCAGUGGCAGACUGCUCGUCGACGACGACUUUGGAGCCAAACAUGCCCCGCCGGAGUUUCCCCGAUGACAUUCAAACGUACUUUGAUUGCCAAGAUUUGAAUAGCUAUGCAGAAGGAGACGACAUUAUUUUCGGGGAGUUAAACUCAUUUGCUUCACCUGUUUUUCAUUGUGAACUUGAUGCCUGAUGCAAAGAGUGAAGAAAACUUGAAAUAAGUACAGAAUUGUAUUUGAGUUUAUUCUGUGAUCCUUGUGAAUAUGGAUGGAAGGCGAUUAAAGAUGGUUAUUGACAGCGAAAACAGUGGUGAAGAUUGAGGGUAAGGGUGAAGAUCGAUACAAUUGAAAGAAGCUUUUCUUCUUCUUCUUCUUGGUCAAAGGAUAGGAGGAGGAAGAGUUUGCUAAUUGUUGUUGUUAUUGGUUCAUUUUCAUGUAGAUAGAGAUGAAGAUAGACAUUCAUUAUAUUUCUUUUAAUAAGAGAAGUCAUUCAAGUUAUUCUCAAAACAAAAAGAG